AUGAUAGAGGCGGUACUAAGCGAUGCCGGGCAGAAGCAACUUGAUAGUAGUAAUAAUGGUGUAAAGUCAUGGAUGCAGGAUCUUCAAGACUUGGCUUAUGAUUUAGAGGAUGUGUUGGAUGCAUUUGCUACACAAGCUCAUAUUUAUGAGUUGAUGAUCAAGGAAGAUGUGCACGGCCGUGUUUUGAAGAAUAACGACCCCAAUUUGGCUAGUUCACCUAACAAUAAUAUGGUGCAAAGCAUUGUUGUUAGUGGAUCAAAAGCUGUGGAGCAUCUGUCAUUCAUGUUUAACUCGGGCCAAGAUUUAACAGCGAAGAUAGAAGAGAUUAAUCAGCAGUUGAAAGAAAUUUUGAGCCAGACUAAGGGCUUAGGACUUUCUGUACAUGUGAUGCAGCAACAAGUUAUACCUCCAAGAGCAGAACGAGAAUGGAAAAGCUGGCGGGAAUCAACUUCUUUGUUAUGUGAGCCAUUUGUUUAUGGACGGGAAGGUGACAGAAAAGAGACCAUAAGUCGACUACUGAAUGAUGAGAGCUCAAUGACUGGUAAUAACUAUGUUGUAAUUCCUAUUGUUGGAAUAGGAGGCAUUGGUAAGACGACUCUUGCUCAGCUCAUCUACAAUGAUGAGGAAGUGAAUGUGUUUUCUUUAAAGGCAUGGGUUUAUAAAGUGCUAACAGGUAGACGAUUCUUGAUCGUACUUGAUGACAUAUGGAAUGAGAAGUAUAGUGAUUGGGAUAGGUUACGGACCCCAUUAAGAGCAGGAGCGAAGGGAAGUAGAGUUGUGGCUACUACAAGAAGCCAGAAAGUUGCCAGGGUCAUGAAUCCACAGCUGAAUAGUAUGAUUUUGUUGGAGGGUCUCUCAGAUGAUGAUUGUUGGCGUAUAAUUGUACAAAAUGCAUUUGAUGAUGCUGGUAUUUCUUUAAGCCCAAAUUUUAGCUUAAUGAGAGAUGAUAUGACAAGAAAGUGCAGAGGCCUACCCAUGGUAGCGAAAGCUCUUGGAGGCCUUUUGAGGUCUAAAGUAGAGGAGGAUGAGUGGCAAGAGACGCUUCAUUAUAAUACUUUGAGGAUGAGCGAGAGCAGGGUAUUAGAGGUAUUGGAGUUGAGUUUUCAUGACCUUCCAUCGCAUCUGAAACGGUGUUAUUCUUAUUGCUCCAUUUUUCCAUAUGAUCAUGUAUUUACAGAGAAGGAUGUCAUCUUAUUGUGGAUGGCUGAAGGAUUUUUACCCGAAAAUGGAGGAAACAAGCAAAUGGAAGACAUAGGCCAUGAUUAUUUUCAUGAUCUAGUAUCAAGAUCAUUUUUUGAACCGAGCAUAAAGGGAUCAGAAUAUUUCAAAAUGCACAGCCUACAAAGUGAUUUGGCUCGAGAGGUUGCAGGUAAAUUAUGCUUAGCAAUAAAGGAUUGUUCAGUUAAUAAAGAUUGGUCGAAGGCCUCUUGUAGAGCUCGACAUAUAUCCUUCACUAAACUAGAUGAGCCUGACAGAUGCGAUGAUAUGUUUUCCUUAAAGGUCAGCCACUUUCGUACUUUUGCUCAUUUUGACAAGCAUAUAUUUUCUGGUUCUUCAAAUCGAGUACUUGAUCUUAUAGGAAUGUUUCAAUGCAUGAGGGUGCUACGGCUACCUCACAUGGAAUUUACAAUAUUUCCAGAAUCCAUAGGCGAUCUGAAGCUCUUACGGCUUCUCAAUCUCUCAUACAAUAAUAUUGAAGAAUUGCCUGAUUCCUUAAGCAACCUUGUUAAUCUCCAAACUCUGCUGUUGAAAGGUUGUGACAAACUUCAAAAGCUGUUGGAAAAUAUGAGAUGCUUAAUCAACCUUCGCCAUGUGGAUAUUGAUGGCUCCUCUGUUCGUGAGAUGCCGUUGAGGAUUGGGAAUCUGACGAACCUGCAAACAUUGAACAAUUUUAUCAUAGGAGCAAAUGCACCCAUUAUAAGAGAUUUGAAGAAUUUGAAUCAUCUUAGGGGAAAGCUAACUAUAACUGGCUUAGAAAAUGUGUUAAGCUCCAAUGACGCAAGAGAAGCAAGGCUGCAUCAGAAAUCAGGUCUUCAUGAGCUAGAGAUGGUAUGGGAUUGGGGAAACUUUAUUAACGGGGUUGAUGACAACACUAGAAUAGAUGUGCUUGAUCAGUUGGAGCCUCACAAAUCUAUCAAAGUGUUAACUUUGCGGAACUACAAGGGUGUGGCGUUCCCAAGAUGGUUGGGAGACCCUUCUUUUACUAAGAUGGUUAUCAUAAAGCUAGUAGGUUGUGAGAGAUAUGAAUCUUUACCAUCACUAGGGAAGCUGCCAUCAUUGAAGGAGCUUGAGGUUCAAGAAAUGCGUGGUCUUAAAGUCGUAGGUUAUGAUUUUCAUGGUGUUGGUUGUUCAAAUCCAUUUCCGACAUUAAGAACUCUGAGGUUUAGGUCUAUGACUUCUUGGGAGAGUUGGUUACAGUCAUCAGCUGAUAACAGGGGAUUCUCUUGCCUUCAAGAGCUUUCAAUCAAGGAUUGUUCCUCUCCACAGCAAUCUUUACCUUCAUGUCUCCCUUUGCUACACACACUUGAGAUACAACGUUGCAAGCAACUAUUAACAGAAAGAGGAAAUAUUUCUUCUUCUGAUCUUUCACUAUCUGAGGAAGAUUUGAGUCCAUCAAAACUUGCUAACCUCACCAAGUUAACAAUAAGUGAAUGUCCCUAUCUCAUCUCAUUUCCGGAAGAUCUUGUUCUCCCUGGCCUACGAAAUCUUCUGAUAUCAGUUUGUCGAAACCUAGAGUCCCUCCCAAAUCAAAUGCAUAACUUCACUUCCCUCCAAGACCUGAUUCUUACAAACUGUCCAAAAAUCCACUACUUUCCAAAAGGCGGUCUACCCAUGAACUUGCUUUCACUCUACAUGGAUGGACUCAACAUUGAACAACCAAUGCAAGAAUGGGAGUUGCACAACCUUAAUACUCUUGAAAAGCUCUCAAUAUCCGAUAUUGGGUGCUCUUCAAAUUCAAUAUACUCCUUCCCAAAUGAGGAUAUUCGUCUGCCCUCAUCAUUGACCGGAUUAGCCAUCAGUGGUUUCAUUAAUAUGAAAUCAGCAUCUUGCUUGAGUAUUCUAAAUCUCACUUCCCUCUAUGUUAGGGGAUGUCCAAAACUUGAAUGUUUUGUUGACAAUUGUCUUCCUCCUGAACUUCAAGAAUUAUGGGUUGUUCAGUGUCCUGUGCUGAAACGUCGAAUGGAAAGGGAUCCUCUUCGUCACACUCUAUCGUGCAUUACUCAUCUCCGUUUUUGCUAG